GGCUCUGAGGAGACGGCGGGCGGCACUAGAGGGAGCUGCUCGCUCUGCCGCGCCGGCCCCCUCACCCGCGGCCCCCAGCGUCGCCGCCGCAGCUCGCGCCGCCGCUAUGGCGGAGGACAGCGAGUCUGCGGCCAGCCAGCAGAGCCUGGAGCUGGACGACCAGGACACAUGCGGGAUAGACGGGGACAAUGAAGAGGAGACGGAGCACGCCAAAGGAAGUCCCAGAGGGGACUUGGGUGCCAAAAAGAAAAAGAAGAAACAGAAGAGAAAAAAGGAGAAACCCAGUUCUGGAGGCACCAAGUCAGACUCUGCAUCUGAUUCCCAGGAGAUUAAGAUUCAGCAGCCUUCAAAACACAACACCAUCUGGCAGCAGAUUUCAGCAGGAGCAGCCACGGGUAAUAUUCUAUCCAUCGGACGUAAUUCCCAAGGUAACUCAUAUAAGGUACACCAUAAGCUUGCAAGAUUUUUAUUUCCAUUUCUAAGCAUUGCUUCAUCAGAUAAAUGUGGUGUCACUUAUAUGCAGUUGAUUUUCCAGUUCCUAGAACCCCUGGUGUGGAAGAAGGAGCCUGAGGUAGGGAGAAUGAGUAAAAGUCAGAGAGACUGUGCCUCUCCGUUUCUCUCCAAAGCCGUGUCCCAGUUCAGUCUAAACACAUCCAGCUGUUUGCAGCUGCUUGAAUGGGAUGGUGCCCUGAUGUGUGGACAGCCAAGCCCAAGGUCCAAAGGGACUCUAAAGGGAGCAGCUGGGAAUCGGGCCACCUGGGCUGACAUGAGGAAGCUGCGUUGGGAAGCUGCAGAGAAGGAAUUGGAAAAGGGCACCUUUGUGGAAAUCGCUGGAGACAUUGAUGAUGUGAACUGCACUGCCAGCAGUCCAGAUGAAGUGAUAACAUCUCAUGGUGCCAUUGAAGCAGAUAAAGACAACGUGCGCCGAGAGCCCUAUUCCUUGCCACAGGGUUUUAUGUGGGACACUUUAGAAUUGGGUAAUGCCGAAGUGCUCAAGGAGCUGUACACCUUGCUAAAUGAGAAUUACGUGGAGGAUGAUGACAACAUGUUCCGGUUUGACUAUUCGCCGGAGUUCCUGCUCUGGGCUCUGCGUCCCCCUGGCUGGCUUCUUCAGUGGCACUGUGGGGUCAGAGUAUCUUCAAACAAAAAACUGGUAGGGUUCAUAAGUGCCAUCCCAGCAAACAUUCGGAUUUAUGACAGUGUGAAGAAGAUGGUUGAAAUCAACUUUCUUUGUGUUCAUAAGAAAUUGAGAUCAAAACGGGUAGCUCCAGUGUUAAUUCGAGAAAUAACUAGAAGAGUGAACCUGGAAGGGAUUUUCCAGGCCGUUUAUACCACUGGCGUGGUUCUUCCUAAGCCAGUGGCCACAUGCAGAUACUGGCAUCGAUCACUAAACCCCAGAAAAUUGGUAGAAGUGAAAUUUUCUCACUUGAGUAGAAAUAUGACUUUACAGAGAACGAUGAAGCUGUACAGACUUCCAGAUGUAACAAAGACUUCAGGCUUGAGACCAAUGGAACCAAGAGAUAUCAAAGCAGUGCGAGAAUUAACCAACAGUUACCUGAAGCGGUUUCAUCUCGCUCCAGUGAUGGAUGAAGAAGAAGUAGCCCACUGGUUUCUCCCCCAGGAGCACAUUAUUGACACGUUUGUAGUGGAGAACUCCAGUGGUAAGCUGACUGACUUCCUAAGCUUCUACACACUCCCCUCCACAGUCAUGCACCACCCUGCUCACCAGAGCCUCAAAGCUGCCUACUCGUUCUACAACAUUCACACCGAGACGCCCCUGCUGGACCUCAUGAAUGAUGCACUCAUUAUAGCUAAACUGAAAGGAUUUGAUGUAUUCAAUGCACUAGAUUUGAUGGAAAAUAAGACAUUCUUGGAAAAGCUCAAGUUUGGUAUAGGAGAUGGCAAUUUACACUAUUACUUGUACAAUUGGAGGUGUCCAGGGACAGAUUCUGAAAAGGUUGGACUUGUAUUACAAUAGGUGGAGAUUUCCAUGUAUAGAACUUUGACACCAUUUAAUGAUUCCUGGAACUGCCAUUCCAAAGAAGAAUAAAAGCACAACUUAAGUGAAAUCAAUUCAGCUGGUAACAACCAGAAAAGAUGACAAAACAUUCAUGUGUGACAAAUACUACCCAUUUCUAGCUAGGAGGUUAACAUUCUUCCCUUUUUUUCCACUGUUGACCCAUUUGUAGGAGGGAUAAAAGUGUACAAAGAGUUCGUUCCUCUAAUUUUCAGACUUUUGGCUAUCUCUUGAGGAAGAGGUUAUUUUUUCAUUCUUUAGAAAAGGGACUUUUUUUAUGGACGGAACAGAAGUCACAGAAUUGUGUUAAGAAAAUCUUUGCUAUUGUGUGUAAACGGCUGCAUUUCUAUUUAUUAAGUGGUGGUCUGCCUGUGUAACAGAAUGGAGGAUCCAUGUGGGAGGUUUUUACUUAUCUCACCUUCCAUGCUGUCGUUAGGAAGUUAUGGAAUCAGCACUUCUGUAACUCAGUGAUGAGUGGUGGAUGUUUAUGUGUAGAGCGAGAUAAAAAUGUACUGGUGAUUACUACAUUUAUUUCUCCAGAAGCAAAGUUGCCAAAUCAGUAAAAACACACGUUUGUAUUUUAAUUUUUAACAGAUCGUUGGGUUGGUUCAAAAGCAAAGUUUUGUGCAAGUAAGUGUGCUCUCUGAAAUAGUAUGUACCAUGACUGGCUACAUGUUUCUGCUGCUGCACAAACUCCAGUUUCUUCUAAGCAACAGCAAGGAUAUGUCAGGAAAAGAAAAACGAAAGCUCUAAAGUCAAAAGAAAUGCCCAGUGGAAUUUACUAGUACUAUCAGGACAUUGAUAGUUUGAAUGUUUUUAUUACUUAUGCAAAAUUGCACAUAUUCCUUUAGGCUGGCUUUAAUUUAUCAUGAAAGCUGUCAUGCUAAUGGAAAAUGUCUUAUUUGUAAAUAAGUAUUCAUAAUUUUGUUACUGAUGGUGUUUUUAUCUAGAAUUCGAAAAACCAAGUUUCACAGUGUACAUAUAUAUGUAUAUAUUGCCAAUAGUCCGAGUUGAAAAAAGAUGCUAAUCAAAGCCACAGAAACUGGCCUUCACUCAAAUAUCACAAAGUCGGUACUUCCUGCCUUUCCUCUUCCAGUGCCUAGGCUGUCCAGUCCAGAAAAAUUUAAUCAUUUUAGAAGUGAUGGCUUUUCCUUCACGCUAUAAGUAGUCAAAUGAAACCAAUUAUAUCUUAUACCAGGCAGGAACUAGCAAACUAUGGCCCAUCCACUAAAUCCAGCCCAUCGCCUGUUUUUGUACAGCCCACAAGCCAAGGAUGUUUUCUACAUUUUUGAGUGAUUGGGGCACAAUAAUAACAUUUUGUGACGUGAAAAUUGUACAAAAUUCAAAUUUCAGCAUCCAUAGUUUUAUUGUAACAGUGCCACUCAUUCCUUUUUGUAUUGCCUGUGGCUGCUUCACGCUACAAAGGGCAAAGUUGAGAUGUUUUGAUAAAGACUGUCGCAACCGAAAGGCCUAACAGAUUUACUCUCUGGCCCUUAACAGAAAAGAUUUGUUGAGCCUGAUUUACACUAAGGAGCUGAAAGCCACUCCUGCAACUUGCCAUUAUCCCAAAGACCAGCGCACAGCUGUGGUACCCCUGAACUACCAGUAGAGGGCGCAUGUGGGCCCCACAGUAGAGCAGAAUUAGGACAGUGCUGUUUACUUUCUUGAAGACCCAAAGGAAGACUUCUCAUUUGGGAUGAUUCAAACCUGGUUGCAGUACCAUUUUUUCUUAACAGAAGAUGAAAGGCUCCGAGAAGCAAAACUGAACCAAUUCACGGAAACAUUUUUUUUUUGAGAUACCAGCAUUAAGUAAAUGAGAUUUUAACUUAAUCUGGCAUCCAGGCUUUAGUUGGGAAUUAAUGUUCCAUUCAUAUUUAUGGCACAAAGUCAUACAAAGUAGGUUUUCAAGUAAUUGCAGAAUUGCCAGUCAGAAAUUUUGUCAUGAGCUUAGCUUGUGAUGAAACUGUGGCAUUGUUAAUUUAUUCAUUUAUAAAAUUCCAAUUGUUAUAGAAUUCAUAUUUUUGCCAUUUAAAAUGUUAUUAGUAACUAGCACAUUUUCCUCUAUAAUUUAAACAGAUUGCCAAUGAACAUUUUAAAAUAAUCAGUAAAACUGCUUGUGUUUAUUAAGUAGCUAUUAGAACCAAAUUUCAAUGUAAUAUACAGUCUUAUAUGUUCAAAGAAACUAUUGGGUUGUCAGAAAAGUUAUGACGCAUUUUUGCAACGAAAAACAGAAAAAAUACGUCAUGACUUUUUUGACAACCCAAAACAUUUGUCCUGCAUCCUGUUUCAACAAUGGAAAUGUUCUAUUUCAUGAGGUACUCUUCUUUUUUCAUUUUGCCGAGGUGGCUUUCAGUAAAAUCUAAAUGAGUGGAGUUGGCGUAAUCCAUGAGUUAACCAGAAUUUAGGCUGAAAAUAAACUUUGGCAACCUUUCCCUCUAAAUUAGAGAAAGUAACUUUUCCAAACACACACUGGAAGCAGCAGACACUUGAAUACGGAGCAUUGAUUAUGCUCCAUUCCCUAACAUGAAGGGUGCCUGUAGUUGUAGACCCACCUCUGAAGAGUACAAGCUCCUCAGUUAACUUUUAUUCUCUUCUGCCUCAUUUCACAUAAUUACCAGCAUACUUUUUGUACAUGUUAAAUUUCCAAGGAAAUAAGUUAACCAUGAAAAGGGGUGAAUUCUAACUAGUCAAAAGACCUUAUCUGGCUUUUUCUGUAAAUGUCAAGCCUUUUCUCCCAAGCCCAUGCUUACACCUAACUACAAGGUCAAAUAGAAAGGAAAAAUGAUGUAUUUGUUCUUGAAGAUUAUGUAUUGCUUGGCGUUCAUUAUCUUUCCUUUCACUGAUGACAUAUCUGCAAUCCAGUUUCAUCCACCCUGCUAACUAGAACUGUGUUAACUGUGGCGCAUUUUCCAAGUUUGAUAGAAAGAUGUUAAGAGCUGUAGGACAGAUGUUCUUGCUCACAAGCAGUGUACCAGCCUUUAAAAAAAAAGAAUUUAUACAAGCAUGGACAUUAGUUUCAAUAAAACUUUUGUUUUGAUA